UUUCAGAGAUUGAGGACAUCAUCUCCAAAAGUGAUCUAGUUUGUCCAGGUCCUCCUAAGAUCUAUCAGCUGAAAACAAAGAAAGAGAAGAUUAAAUCUCUGACCAAAGUAACUGUUGGAGAAAAAAACGAGAACAAACUAAAAACCAUCUUGCUUGUUGGUGAAACAGGAGCUGGAAAAUCUAAUCUAGUCAAUGCUUUGUUCAACUACGCUGAGGGUGUAAAAUUUGAGGAUGAGAUCUGGUUUAAGAUAGUUGAGGAGAAAGAGGACAGAAGUCAGACAGGAAAUCGGACAUCAGAUGUAGUCGUCUAUCAGAUAUAUGAUUCUGAGGAUCAAACUCUGCCAUUCUCUCUGACCAUCAUUGAUACUCCUGGAUAUGGAGAUGCAGGGUUGCAACAACAAUUACUGGAAUUAUUCCAAUCAGAUGAUGGAAUCCAUGAAGUUCAUGCAGUAGGACUGGUCAUGAAGGAGGAUGGGAAUCCAGUCAGUGACCAACUGAAGAACAUCUAUGAUUUCAUUUUGUCCCAGUUUGGAAAAGAUGUGGAGAAAAACAUUGUAGCUCUCCUGACAAACUCAAAUGGAAAACAACCUAAAAAGAUUCUUCAGGCUCUUGAAGCUGCAAGCAUCAAAUGCGCCAAAAAUGUUAAAAAUCAGACAGUUUAUUUCCAGUUUGAUAACUGCCAGGAUGAAGAAAGAACAGAAGAUUCAGAAUUAUCAAUAGAAAAUGCCUGGAGAGUAACAGAAAGAGGAAUGAAACAGCUCACAGCCUUUCUGGAAAAAUCUUCACCUCAGCAGAAGAAGGUCGUGUUGAAAGCACAGAAAGAUCAGAUCAGACUGACGGCCUGCAUCCAAAACCUGCAGGAGAGAAUAAAGUUUAAUGAGUUAAAACUGAGAGAUGUUAGAAUGACUGAAGAGGCUCUUUGUAACAGAAAACAGAAGUGGAAAAAUUAUAAGAAGACAAAGUUAACUAUUCCAGAGACCUAUAAAGAUGCAGAGCCUCUUACAGAUAAGAGAUUUGGUUUUGAAACAGCUUUCUGCUGUUUGCGCUGUCAGGAGAACUGUCACUAUCCUGGCUGUAUGACCGCCUUAGAUUGUCAACAGUGUGAGGUGAUGAUAAAUGGAGAAUGUACCUCAUGUACCAACAAGUGUUCUGCAGGAGAACAUGGGGAAAAAAACUGGCGAUUUGUGAUCAGGACCCAGAAAGUUCUGAAAAAUAAAGACGAACUACAACAACUAUAUAAAGGGGAACAGAGAAUAGAAGAGAAAAAUCUUUUAGAGAGACUUCAAACUAAGAAAACAGAACUGACAGCAGAGAAGAGACGACUGAUAAAUGAAGCAUACAGGCUUUUCAUGAAACUGUAUGAGUUAGCUAAGAAUGAUGAUUCGAAUGAUGACUCAGCAUCCACUUGUGUAAUUUUGGACUACCUUAUCAAGAAGAUGAAGGGACAAUGGGAUGAAGAAACGCUGCAGCAACUGGAGGAAAUAUACAGCGGAAUGGACCAAGGAACCAGAACAUCGCUACAAUACAGGAUGGAAGUGACUUCAUCUAAUCAGGAGGCCUUGAGAUCAGAAGGUGUUCAAAUCCAUCGUGGACCUCCUUCUGUCUACCAGCUGAUACCAAAGAAAGAGAGGAUUGGAACUUUGACCAGAGUGACGGUUGGUGAGAAAGAUGAGAAUAAGACCAAUAAAACAAUCUUAUUUGUUGGCGAAACUGGGACAGGAAAGUCCACCUUGAUCAACACUCUGUUCAACUAUGCUAAUCAUGAUGAGUCACUGUCUGUUUAUGUGAUCCUGGAAUUCCUUAUCAAGAAGAUGAAGGGACAAAAGGAUGAAGAAAAGCUGCUGGAACUGGACUCAAUAUACAGCAGAAUGGACGAGGGAACCAGAAUAGCAUUACAAGACAGGAUGGGAAUAACCUUAUUUAAUCAGGAAGCUUUGAUAUCAGAAAGUGUUCAAAUCCAUCAUGGGCCUCCUUCUAUCUACCAGCUGAUACCAAAGAAAGAGAUGAUUGGAACUUUGACCAGAGUGACGGCUGGUGAGAAAGAUGAGAACAAGAUCAAUAAAACCAUCUUAUUAGUUGGCGAAACAGGAGCAGGAAAGUCCACCUUGAUUAAUGCUCUGUUCAACUAUGCUGUGGGAGUGAAGUUUGAGGAUGAAGUUUGGUUUCAGAUCGUAGAAGAGGAAAGAAGUCAAUCACAAAGUCAGACAUCAGAUUUGAUCGUCUAUCAGAUUUUCGGUUUUGAAGGCCAAAGUCUGCCGUUCUCUCUGACCAUCAUCGAUACUCCUGGAUUUGGAAACACCAGAGGAUUGGAAAAAGAUAACUCUGUCAGCAGAAGAUUGUUGGACUUGUUCAGAUCAGAAGAUGGAGUUCAUGAGAUCAAUGCAGUGGGUCUGGUGAUGAAGGCCAGUGAUAACCGACUGAAUGGCAGACUGAGGUACAUCUUCAAUUCAGUGAUGUCUUUGUUUGGAAAAGACCUGGAGAAUAACAUUGUAGCUCUGGUCACUCAUUCUGAUGGGAGACGACCUGAAAAUGUGCUAAACGCCUUGGAAGAUGCAGAAAUUAAAUGUUCCACAGAUGAGAUGAAUCAGCCUGUUCACUUCAUGUUUAAUAAUCAACAGAUCAAACAGAGAAACAGAACAGAUAAAGAUCAGGAUGGUUCAAAAUACUUCUGGGACUUUACUAAUGAAGAGAUGGGUCGUUUGAGAGACUUUCUGACAAAAACCAAACCUCAGCCUCUAAAAACAACUGUGUAG